UGAACUUACCUGGACUGAUCAUCGGCAUCAUCGGCGCCGCCUUUAGUACCAUCGUACCAAAAAAUCAACAGUACACAAGUUUUGGACAAUACGAGAAAAAAAAGAAUGAAAGAAAAAGGAAAACAAUAGACGCAGACAGUAGAGACACAUCAGGGAGUGCCGUUACAAAGGCAAAACUCCCGACCGACUACUACUAUUACCAGAGUUUGGAAGCUCUUUGGAUGGUUGUGGCUCCUUAUUUCUUUAUGUGUUGGACACUCGCCUACAGGCUGGAGACAUGAUAGAAGUUGAGAAAGUUGAGAGAGAGGCCGCCUCUGAUGGAUGUGAGGAUGGUAAUGUAAAAAUCGUAAUAACAUCGAAAAAGAGAAUUAAAUAUGAACAUAAGUUUCAAAUGAAGUGGCUGCAGGAUAGCAGAUUUUCUUCCUGGAUACGUAGAAGUCCGAACUCAGAAAAUAAAGCAUACUGUAAUGCAUGCAACUGUGAGGUAGCAGGCAGCGUAACGCUUCUGGAGAGACACAGCAGCACCAGCAAACACCUCAAGAAUAUGCAGGGCGGGGACCCUCACAAGAAGGCCGCAGCAUUCGUCUGGCCGUCCACGCGUCGAGGCAGGAAGGACAGUUCGGUACGAUGUGUUCCCUCUUGGUACUCUUUCUGGCACACCGGCACGGCCUCUUGUGACGUGUCAGCACCUGAUGUUUUGAGGACGUGUCAAUAUUUAUUUGAAGGCAGCACUGCAAGUAUGGCAUCUUAUGAACCUCCUCCCAAGCGAGUCCUUCACAGUGGUUACUUCAAUCCUACCUUACGGCGGUGGCAAUCCUCUAACACAGAGAUUCACCCAUGGAACUUGAUGUACCCUAUCUUUAUUGUUGAUGAGCCAGAUGCUGUGCAACCAAUUGCUAGCUUGCCUGGGGUGAACCGCUAUGGAGUAAAUAAGCUUGCUGAUGCCUUGAGACCACUGGUGCAGGAUGGUCUCAGCUCUGUGCUGCUGUUUGGAGUGCCAUCCAACAUGCCGAAAGAUGAAAAUGGGAUAAGUGCAGACACACCUGACACUCCUGUCAUAUUGGCUGUUGAGCUGCUGCGUGAAGUAUUUCCAGAUCUCAUCGUUGCUUGUGAUGUAUGUCUGUGUGCAUAUACUGACCAUGGCCACUGUGGCAUCUUGAAUGAGGAUGGGACCAUAGACAACUCCAGCAGCAUCAAGCGCCUCGCCCAGCAAGCCACAGCCUACGCUAAAGCUGGUGCUCACAUUGUUGCUCCUUCUGACAUGAUGGAUGGCAGGAUUGGUGCUAUUAAAGCAGAGCUGAAAGAAGCAGGUCUGGCCAAUCAAGUGACAGUCCUUUCUUAUGCUGUAAAGUUUGCGUCUUCCUUCUAUGGACCAUUCAGAGAAGCUGCUAAAUCUGCUCCAGCCUUUGGUGAUCGCCGAUGCUACCAGCUGCCCCCAGGAGCUUCAGGGUUGGCUGCCAGAGCUGCUGAGCGUGAUGUGGAAGAGGGAGCUGAUAUGCUGAUGGUGAAACCAGGCAUAUCCUACCUUGAUAUUGUGAGGCAGACUAAAGACAAAUACCCUCAGCACCCACUCUUUAUCUACCAGGUUUCUGGGGAAUAUGCCAUGUUAUACCAUGGGAGCCAAGCUGGGGCCUUCAAUCUGAGAACAACACUUAUGGAGGUUCUCACCAGCAUGCGCCGUGCAGUGACUACCGCUACCACAGUACCGCACACCGCGUACCGCGCUAGGAAAAAAAAUGGGACUGCACUACCGCAACUGCACUACUCCGGAAAAAGUACCACACUACUGAUUUUUCAGUACCAUGCCCACCUCUGCCAUUAAGUGCUGAUGUUAUAAUUUCUUACUACACACCUAUAAUCUUGGAGUGGCUCCAGGAAGAGAGAAACAGUGCUUCAUAGAACUAUUUUUACAAGGUACAAUCUAAAUUUUGGAGGCAGCUGCAGUAUCCUCAACAAAGACUUUUAUUGUCAAGGGGUUAAUUUCAAUAGCUGAAAUAAUAAUGCAUGAACUUCCCUAUUGUAUCUAUGAAGGAGCUUAUAAGUAUGGAUAUGCAAAGAUUUUCAUGGAAUGGGUUUUUUCUGCUUUUUGCUAUAAAAGGGAAGUCCUGUAGUUCUUUUGGUGUAGAUAAUGAUUAACAUUCAGAUUCAGUAUUUGGAAAGUCUUAAUGAUUUAUAUUAAUAUUUUUACUAGUUUUUUAUAUGAGUAAUUAGUUUUGUUACUGCAGAGGAGUGUGUGUGGUGGAGGUGCAUGCAAGGGACAUAAUAGUUCAAAGUACUAGUACUAGAGUUACAUUUUUUGUAAUGAUUACAUAUGUUAUUUAUUGUAAUAUUUGCACUAUUUAUACUGUGAUGUUUAUUCAAGCAAUAUUCUGGCAUAGUCUUGUUUGUAAUAAAAUAAUAUCAAAUGUGUAAAUUUUUUCUGCAGGGUUUGCAGAAUUGUCAUAAUUGGUUUCAAUUUUUCAUGAUCUCUGCAACAAAUUUAGUAAGUACAACUACUGAGAUGCUGUGCAAUUCAUGUAAUUUUACACAGACAUGCUUCAUUGUGAUACAUUUCGGUUCAUUAAGGUUAUGAGAUAAAACCUUAAAGCAUUUCAUGUAAAACAUUUUUUAAUCAUUGCAAAAUGAUGAAAAUUAAUAAAAUAUUAAACCACAA